CUACAUAAUGUGUAUACGUUUAACCGUCAACUCACUUGAAGUGUACUUAUCGAUAACCCAUUCACGAAAAACACGUAUAUGAGUGGAGUAGUUUAAGACUAUUUACCGUCACAAAGGACAGGAUGGCAACAGUAAGCGCCAAAAAGAAUAUGAUAAUGGUAGCAGCCAUUGAUUUUGGCACAACAUACAGUGGAUAUGCAUACUCUUUUAAAGAUCACUACAAUAAAGAUCCUACAAAGAUGUAUAUCAAUCAAGGCUGGGUUGCUGGCGGCACGCCGAUUAUCUCAUAUAAAGCCCCAACUGUUGCGUUAUUUGAUAAGAAUAAGAAGUUUAAGAGUUUCGGGUACGAGGCUGAGGACGCCUACUCGGAACUCGCCGAAGAUAACGAGCACCAGGACUGGUACUACUUCUCCAGGUUCAAAAUGAGGCUUCACAAUGAAAAGGUCCACAGAGAAAUGCAAAUUCAAGACGACAAAGGGAAAGCGCUUCCAGCUAUUGACGUGUUUGGCAAAGUAAUCUGGUAUUUGAAAGACCAUCUGAUGAAGGCGAUGAAAAAGAAAAAUAAUGUGGAAAAUAAGGAUAUACACUGGAUAAUUACAGUGCCCGCUAUCUGGACAGACUCUUCCAAACAGUUCAUGAGAGAAGCUGCGUACAAAGCGGACAUAGCCGGUUCUCAGUUGACGAUAGCCCUGGAGCCGGAAGCCGCCUCACUCUACUGUCAGUAUCUGUCGUCGGAAACACUCCACGGCGAAUUGUUCAACACAGAAAGUACCGGUUCCAAAUAUAUGGUGAUUGAUCUUGGAGGUGGUACCGCAGAUAUUACAGUACACGAGAGACAGAGCGGUGGAAAGUUAAAAGAAUUAUACAAAGCAAGCGGGGGAGCUUGGGGUGGAACCAAGGUGGAUGAGGAAUUUAGGAAAAUGCUUAUCAGACUUGUUGGUGGUCCUGUUUUUGACAAGUUUUGUCAUGGCCAUCGAGGGGAUUACCUGCAUCUAAUGCGCCAGCUAGAAAUGAAAAAGCGAACGAUUAAGCCAGAAACAUCCGGUAAAAUAAGAAUGAAAGUUCCUGUAGUGCUAGCAGAAUUGUAUACUGAAGAAACAGGGGAAUCAACUGAAGAUGCUAUCAAAGGGUCGCCGUUUGACGGAAAACUCACUUGGCGUACAGAUAAAAUGCGGCUCGAUUCUACGAUUUUCAAAAGUUUCUUUAAAGAAUGUAUUGACAAAAUUGUUCACCACAUUCGCGAUUUACUAAGCAAGCCCGAGGUUAAUGGAACAAGCAUGCUGUUAAUGGUCGGUGGAUUUUCAGAAUCGGAAAUGAUGCAAGAUGCUAUAACGAACGCGUUCAAAAAUUGCAGAGUCAUUAUUCCGGACGAAGCCGAAUUAUGCGUUAUGAAAGGAGCCGUAAUAUUCGGCCAUCGCCCCAUAGCGAUCACGUCCCGCGUAUCACGUUACACUUACGGCGUUAACAUAUCACCACCCUUCGACCCUAGUUCCCACCCAGAGUCGCACAAAGUAACCGUUGGAAGGAGAGAACGGUGUCAAAAUGUGUUCAAUCCUUAUAUUCACGAAGGCGAAAAAAUAGAUGUGGGUAAAGAGAUAGUGCGACGUCAUAUUACCCUCAAUACGCACCAGACGGAAAUGCUGCUAAAUAUUUACGCGUCUCCAAAGAAAACGCCGCAAUUUGUUGACGAACCGGAAGUGGAGCUUCUUGGACAAGUCACAGUCCAGCUUCCAGACAGUGAUGAGCUGAUAAAGGUCGAAGUGAAGAUGAUAUUCGGAGAGACGGAACUACGCGUGGAGGCAAAUGAAAUGUCAGCAAAUCAAAAUAAUAAGACCUAUACUUCCUUUUUUGACUUCCUCUGACAAUAGCUACCUUCUGUUUAAGUGUAUUAUAUUAUGUUUUAUAUACUGUAUCGUUCCUAAAUGACUAUAACUGUUUAAUAGCAGAACUUGGAACUUUGUACCCUUACCAGAGAUGACUUCUUUUUGUGAUUAAUAUUAAUUUGUUAUGCUGCCUUUUGAAAUGAGAAUUUACCUCACGCGCCCUUUAAGAGAUUAUUAUAUUUCUAUGUAAAUAUAGGAAACUCAUUUGGGUCAUCAGUGACAUGUUUAAAACUUAGAUGUUUCUUUCCGUUUGAGCAUAAGGAAACUCGUUUUAUUAAACUGAGAUGAGGGGUCACUGUGCUUAUACAAAUAGUACUUGAAUGUUGCUGGUUUUCAUUUAGUUGAAGUUUCAUCGAGCCUUUGUAAUUGUGCAUUAUCUUCUUGGAAGAUCCGAGUAUUGCCUGGCAAAUGCUUGACAAACGCAGGUCUAAGAUCUAUAUGUAUAUAAUGUCUCACUUCUAAGAAUGCAUGAUUUCAUCGAUAAAUGGUUUAGUUCUAACAGAAGUGUAAUAAGUAUAUUUCCAUAACGUCAAACAAGUACAAAUUCUUAACCUGACUGCUCGAGAAGAGCCCAAAUACUAGGCUUGCCACUUUUCACUGGCCUCACUCCAAACUUGUAAAUGCUAAUCAGUUUUGAAAUGCAUAAUAAAUUUGUCAGUUUAUUCCAUAAUUCUGCAUUUUUGUUCAUCGUAUAAUGUAACUUAGUCCUAUAUAAAUACAACGUCGUCCCAAUGUU